GGACGAGAGGUUGUUUCUUCUCUUACAACAGACGAUUUACUGGGAAGAAAAGGCUGAAUGUUUUAGUAUCUCUUAAAGUCGCACUUGAGAAAGUUGAGUGACCCAGCUUGACCCCGGCGGACAAGCUCACCUAUAUAAUAUUAGAUGUUCGUUGUACAUCGUACAAGUCUUAACUUGUUUUCAUUUUAUGAGCUGUUGGACAGUUACUGUUAAAUCACCGCAUAUUUGGGCUUUGAGGGAAACACCAGCACUUGAAUAAGACAUGGCGUUUACAACAGGAAUGACGACUGGUCCAAAUUAUGAUGUUGAUGAUUUUUUUGAAGAAGAUAACAAAACUGUAGACGAUUACAGCAAGAAACUUAGCAGAACACCUAAGUUAGAUUUGUAUAACUUUGACAGCCCUGAUGCAGAGAAUAACAGGUAUAUAUUAACCAGUCCUAGGUCACUUGAAGCAUGCUCCUUUUUUGGAAUCAAGCCGUUGGAACUCUUAGAAAAGACAUUAGAAGAUUUUGAAGAUGAGUACAUACCCCUGGGAAAAUCACAAAAACAGAUUCAGAGAAUGUACGAAGAACAUGAUGAAGACAGAAAAAAGAAACUUAAAAUGUGUCGGAAUGAGCGGGAGCGGAUCAUUCUUGAGGAUGAGGAAAGUGGUUGCCAUAGAACCAGAUCAUCUAAGAUGAAAAGUUACACUGUAGAAAGCACUCCUCCCAAGAACAAGAACACUACAUACACAACUGCUGAGAUAAGAAGCGGUGAUGCAGGAAGUCUACAAAGAAAGAGGACAGCAUGGACCACAUCUAUCGGCCAUGAUAGGGUUUCAUCAGAGGAACUGGAUAACAGAGCCAGAGAGAUAUAUGACUCAGGAAUAACUAAAGAUGAUUCCAUUAGAGCCAGAGAGAUAUAUGACUCCGCAAUAACUAAAGAUGAUUCAAGACCUACUUCCAGACCAAGACGCAGAGCCAGAAACACAUCAGAUGACCCUUUUGCUAUCAGAGACAAGAACAAGUCUUUUACACCAUUAAAGCCACGACCUUCAUAUUCCAAUGCAUCACUUAGUGUCACAGGUAACAGAAGUAAACUUGAAAUAAGUUCAGCUGGUCUUUCAGAAAAGUAUUCAACUUUGUCACUGGGCAGCUUGGAGGCGGCCCACAUUCAGGAUCGAAAAAUUGCAGAACUCAUGAAAAGUAAACUGGCAGCGGAGAAAGAACAUUUGCAGCAACGGGAAAUGGCUCGUCUUGCAUGGGAUGAACACCAAAAGGAAGAACAGCAGAGGAAAUUGGAAUCCGAAAUGCAAAGGAGACGUAAUCUGGCAGAAUCACAGAGAGAUCGAGAAAGAAAAAUGGCCAGACUUACAAAAGAAAGAAAGCUUGCUGAGUUAUCUCUGAUUGAUGAUGCUCGACGAGCUGUAGAAUUCAAUGAACUACAAUCAGAAAAAACAAAGGCAAAACAGCAACAAAUGAUGGUUGAGAAGAUACAUAUGAAGAAAAGACUUGAUGAGAAUAGAAAGAGACAACAGCUGCACUCUAAAAAGUCAAUUGAGAUGGAAGAUAAGGAGUUUCGUCAGAUGGUAUUGCAGCAUUCACUGACUUCACUAGAUAAAGCUAGUAAGAUUAAAGCAAUCAAGGACCAAAAUGAACGCAUGAUGAUUCAGCAGAGAAACAAACAUGAGAUAGAUCAUUUCAAAUCCAAGAAAGCUGCUGUUGAGACAAUGAGUGUGGAGGAACUAAGGAAACUUGCUGAGUCUCUGGAACUGAAACACUCCUCUGCUAGUAUGAAAUAUGAAAUACAGCGACAACAACGUGAGAAUCUUCUGUUGAUGAAUAAAAUGAAGAAAGAUGACCAGUUCAGGAGAAGUCGAGAGAUCAAGAGAGACAGUAGUCGACAAAUGGAAGAAUGGCAAGAAGCUUUAUUACAUCAUAGGAAUAAAGUAGAUGAAAUAGCAACUCGAAAGGCUGCCAUGACUGUUGAAGAGAAAGCAUUAAGAGCUCGAGAAGGAAGAAUAUCAAAGGAGAAAAUGCAACAGCAGAAUUUGAAAAAAGUUCAGUUGGAUGAGGAGGCUUGGAAGAGAGAUACAUCAGACUUAUUGCAAAUCAAGGAAGGGAAAACCAAACAACUUUAUAGGGAGAGAGGUACAUCGUUAGAGAGAUCCAGAUCUGCAGCUAGAGCAUCUGAAGAUGUCAGAAACAGAAUAAGAGAUGAAUAUACAGGUGGUUUUGACAAGAUGGUGGAGAAAGCCAAUCUGCAGUCCAGAGUGGGUACCGGAUCACAGACAGCUAUCAAGAAUAUCUCAACUGUUUCAUUGGGUUGAAAGUUCAUCAGAGAUACUCAGUAUGCAAAUGUAUAAUUGUUAUGCCUAUUCUAAUAAUGCAAUAAUCAGUAUUAUCAUCUCGAUGUUAAAGUUGUACUGUUGGCAAUGUUUUGUAGAAAGCCUUUGAAUUUUGAGGAAAUUAAUUAAGGUGCAGCAUUGCUGAAAUAUUCUGAAUAAAAUCUACUCAGAUGCAGUGACAAGAUUAGUAAAAAAGUCAUGCUAUAUAUUGCGAAGGAAGGAGUCCUAGACUAAUUGUUGGAAGAAACAAAUCAGUAGUCAGCAGGUGUGCAUU